AUGGUCCAGGAGAUCACUUCGUUUGUCGGCAUGGAGGACGUCACCACCGACUUGAUUCUUCAAGUCCUCAAGGCAACCAUCAAGACUGAUGAUGAGUAUGAUGCUAAAAAGGCGCAGGAAUGGGCAGAUCAGAUAGGGCUCAAAAUAGUGUCCAAGCUGAAAGUACGCUGGGACCAAUCCUUGAACAUGGACGUGGUCAUCACUGUAUUCGCAUUAGCUCUCUAA